AUGUCAGCCGAGUGCAGUUAUAAAACGGGAGGCGGCUCCGCACUGUUCCGCGCUGAUUCCCACAGACAACCUUACUUGCCCUUGCAAUAUCAGAUCAUGGCUUCCCUUCACAAUGCCGCCCGCGUCCACCGUGUCGAGCUACAACGCAUGCCGCACGAAGUCCACAUGCGCCACCGCGGAGAAGAUUGGGCAGGUAUAACAAACCAGAGAGAGCGGAAGAAGCUGCAGAAUAGGUUGAAUAAACGAAUGUCAAGGCAGAGGAAAAGAAGGAACACAUACGACGAUGCUUCUUCCGAUGUCGCUUCCACUCCCAGUUCUCCGCAGUACACUGCAACAGCCUCUCCCCUGGACAACCUUCUCACUACAUUUAGCAAUUGCACAGAGGAAAACGUUACACAGAAGCGAGCUAUUCUCAAACGAUUCGCCGAGCAGGCUCUAGCGAGUUACAUGACGGCUGACCCGUGUGCUGACCACCGCCUGAAGAUUAUACAACUCAACACCAUCAAUGGCUUCACUAGAAACGCCGUCGCUCUGGGCUUCAAUUUUGACUGGCUUAUUUGCGAGACCAUCUCUCCAUUCGGUCGUGACGGGCAAAAUCUCAAGCGGGGUACCGCACCGGCAGUCUCCGCGCCAAGAAGCCUUAUGCCCACACACAUGCAAUUGCGAACAAAGCACCACCCGUGGCUUGACCUGUUUCCAUUGCCCAAGAUGCGGGACAACUUGUUAAUGGCAGCAAGUGUACUCAAGGCGGAGGAUGAGCAACGAUUAUUCGACGACGUCAUGGAGUCGGGUGGAAGCGGCAACGAAUGGGCUGGGCUCGUGGUUUGGGGAGAACCAUGGAAUCCUCAGAGUUGGGAGAUAAGUGGUCCUUUCCUACGAAACUGGGGUUGGCUAGUGAGGGGUUGCCCAGAGAUUAUAGUAUCUACCAACUAUUGGCGGAGUCAGAGAGGCGAGAAACCAAUCGCGAACCCCAGCUAUGUCCAAGAGCGGCAAUAG